AUGGCGUCCAGCCGAGACCGUCGUAUAGCCAAGGAGCUAGCCGACAUCACCUCGGACCAGGCCAACUCAGGCGUCUUCGCUGCUCCCGCCGACGGCGUCUCCCUCAAGAGGCUCGUGGGCACAAUCAACGGCCCUCCCGACACUCCAUAUGCCGGCGGUACCUUCGAGGUCGACAUCACCAUCCCCGAUGCCUACCCCUUCAAGUCGCCGUCCAUGAGCUUCAGGACCAAAAUCUGGCACCCCAAUGUCAGCAGUCAGACGGGUGCAAUCUGCCUCGACACCCUCGGCUCAGGCUGGUCGCCCGUCCAGACCAUCAAGACCGCCCUCCUCUCCAUCCGCAUGCUCCUCGAGUUCCCGAACCCCAAGGACCCCCAGGACGCCGAGGUCGCCAAGAUGCUGCUCGACGACCCCGAGCGGUUCGCCCUCAUGGCGCACGAGUGGGCCGUCAAGUACGCCGGCGCACAGAGGAGGGAUCUGAACCUGAGCCAGUACAAGAACGAGGGCAGGCCGUCCUCGCACGACGAUGACGUGAGGAGGUACAACGGCUACAAUAAGGAGCUAGUCGGCCGCUUCGUCAGCAUGGGCUUCGACGUCGACGCCGUCGUGGAAGCCUUCCUCUACGUCGGCGUCGACCGCAACCACGGCCAGGACUACGAACUGGAGGAGCGGUACAUGGGCGACGUCACCGCCCGUCUCCUGGGGGAGUGA